UCUCCACUUCAUAGUCUUUGACACGGAGGUGGAUCAUGACAUUCUGAAGGUUUGGGAUGGACCGGCAGAAAGUGGCAUUCUGCUAAAGGAGUGGAGUGGGUCGCUUUUACCCGAGGACACUCACAGCACCUUCAACAUCCUCACGCUUCAGUUCGACAGCGAUUACUUCAUUAGCAAGUCAGGAUUUUCCAUCCAGUUCUCUACUACAGUGGCCACGACCUGCAACGACCCAGGGACCCCUCAAAAUGGAUCACGCUACGGAGACAGCAGGGAGCCCGGUGAUACCAUUUCGUUUCAGUGUGACCCUGGGUACCAAAUUCAAGGAGUGUCUGAAAUCACUUGUGUUCAGCUCAACAGCCGGUUUUUCUGGCAGCCAGAUCCACCCACCUGCAUCGCUACCUGCGGGGGCAAUGUGACAGGGCCUGCUGGGGUAAUUCUAUCACCCAACUAUCCUCAACCCUACCCGCCAGGAAAAGAGUGCGACUGGCGGAUUGAAGUCAACCCUGACUUUGUGGUUGCUUUAAUCUUCAAAAGUUUUAACAUGGAGCCCAGCUAUGAUUUCCUUCAUAUCUAUGAGGGUGAAGACUCCAACGGACCCCUGAUCAUCAGUCUGCAGGGCAACCAAGUUCCAGAUCGCAUCGAGAGCAGUGGAAACAGCCUUUUUCUGGCAUUUCGCAGUGAUGCCUCCCUGGGGAUGUCUGGUUUUGCCAUUGAAUACAAAGAAAAGCCAAGAGAAGCAUGCUUUGACCCUGGGAACAUUAUGAACGGAACAAGACUGGGAAUGGAUUACAAGCUGGGAUCAAGUGUGACAUAUCAGUGUGAUUCUGGAUACAUCAUUGCCGGACCAGCAAGUCUCACAUGCAUCAUUGGGGCUGAUGGAAAACCUGUAUGGGAUAAAGCUCUGCCGACAUGUAAAG